AUGUCUUUCAAAAUGGCAUGUUAUUUUAGUUGGAUAGUGUUUGACAUCCGCGCAAUUUUUUACGUACUUAUCGACAAUUAUGUGAAAUCUAAUAAAAUAAUGUAUGUAGCAGUAUACCUAUUAUGGCUUUUUCAUAAUGCUAUUAGAUUUCUACUUAUUAAUUAUGUGUGCGAAACAGUUAGUAACAAGGCAAGUGCAACAGGAAAUUUAUUAAAUAGAUUAUUGUAUUCCACUUGUGUGUGUGAUGCUGAAGUUCAUGAAAUCAUUUCACAAUUUUCAUUACAAACGGUGCAUAUGCCACUUAGAUUCUACGGAAUAGGAUUUUUUCAAUUUGGUUUCAAAUUUCUUCAUAAGUUCAUUAUGUCUAUUGCGACCGUUUUAGUUAUAGUAAUACAAGGGCGAGAAAAUAAUUAA